CUUCCACUCGAGUCACUUGUGGCUAGAACAUGAAGUGGUUGGUGAUCUAGAAGCUGAUACCUGUAGCUCAUCACAUUUUCCUGGAUACAGGGAAUGGAGGGUCCCUGGGAAAGAAGAAAGAAGACUCAGGUACCAGCGUCUGGGCAGUGCCUGAGCUGCAGCAACUGGGACCAGCCCUCGACAGACCUCUGACCUGACCUCCCCAGUGGACUUCUUUGUAUUAGCUGCUUCUGCUGCUGCAGCAGAUACUUCCAGCUGCAACUCCCUGCAAAGUGGGGCACCCAUCUCAGGCAGGUUUUGUGCACCUCACUGACUACUCCCCAGGGCUGCCGCUGCCUGUGGCCUCAGGAUGAAAGGGGAGACCCCUGUGAACAGCACUAUGAGUAUUGGGCAAGCCCGCAAGAUGGUGGAACAGCUUAAGAUUGAAGCCAGCUUGUGCCGGAUAAAGGUGUCCAAGGCAGCAGCCGACUUGAUGACUUACUGUGAUGCCCACGCCUGUGAGGAUCCCCUCAUCACCCCUGUGCCCACUUCGGAGAACCCCUUCCGGGAGAAGAAGUUCUUCUGUGCCCUCCUCUAAGUUGCCCUGUCCCU